UUAUUGAGCUCUUUUUGGAGGUAUGACGAUUUCUAAAUUAAUGAUCGUAUUACAACAUCCAAAAAAUAGUUCAGUGUUUGGGAUAUUCGCAUCAAAAUAUCUCCCUUCAAAUGUAAAACAUGGCAGAAGCCAAAUUUGAUGACAUUUUUGAGGACAGCGAUAUCAAGUCCAAUGAAGUAGACACUAUCCAUUAUAGUGAUGAUGAAAGGGACUCCGAUUCAUAUAAUAUUGACCGGUUUAAUUCCAGUAUUUUUCCCCAGAGAUCACAGUCGGAUGCUGAGCUCACACGGCGAGAUAUUCAGAGCAUUUUAGCAGGAGCUACCUCAGCCGGUAACUUUGAUGAACUUGACUCUGAACCGCCACUGUCUGGAAAGCGUGUGUCAGAAAGUGCCCGUGUCUUUUUUGAUCUUUCGAAAAUAGACCAAGAGAUUGAAAGUAGUAUAAGCACUGCUGCUAGCACAAAAACGUUAAAAGAUAUCAGGUUUAGAUUACGACUGAAUCAGAGUCCCUUGGAGACAAUUCCGCAGGAUGAGAUCCUGGUGACAAAAAAGAAAACCAAAGUUUCCUACAGCUCCCUGAGCAGCUGCACUAAAACAUACUCCUCUGACACUCUUGACGAUAUAGAAGAAAGUGAUGACUCCAUUGAGGCAGAACAUGUUGAGGCACUGCAUGUGGAACAUUAUGGCAGCUACUACAGCAAAUAUCCUCUGACUCUAAAUGUAAGUCAGAACUCCACUACCUCAGGAGAUAAUCACGCAUCGUGGCAAAACAAGCACAACUUGAAAUUGAAGUAUCAACAGUUUUGUAAUGUAAUGGAAAAAAGUAUAACGGAAUUAAAGUGUGCAACUGGAUCUGCUGAAAUAAAACCCUUAACAAAAAUUAAUGAAACCAUGGAGGAGGCAUGGAACUACAAAGUUUAUGGCAGAGAUUUGGCAUACGGUCUUUGUGAUAUUAUACGAAAUGAAAGUGUAUUAAGUCUUUUGAUAAAAAAUUGUGAAAGUGACUGCAAGGAAAUAUUGAUUGCCACCACCUCCUUGCUGGAACAGGUAAUGUCUUAUCAGAACCGUGUUAUGAUUGCGGAGGAAGGACUUGAGGUGGUUGUGAGAAUGACUCAGAAAAAUAUUGGAGAACAUAACCUGGCCAUGAGUAUGACCGGAAUCCUUGAAAAUCUGUUCAAAGUCAGUGAAGAAGUGUCAAAAAAAGUUAUAGAGUUCGGUGGUCUGGACACGAUUCUCCACUGGAGUCGCAGUACAGAUGUUAAGGUGCUACGCAGGUGUGCUAAGGCGUUGUCAAAUCUGUCACUGUUUGGUGGACCAGAAAAUCAACAAACAAUGACUCAUUAUAAAGUACCUGAAUGGCUUUUUCCAUUGGCUUUCAUGGAAGAUAAGCACAUUAAAUACUAUGCCUGUCUUUCUAUAGCAGUUCUAGUUGCAAAUAAGGAACUGGAAGCUCAAGUUAUGAAGUCAGGGACGCUAGAACUUGUUUUACCGUUUGUGAGCACAGAGAAGCCAGAUGUGUUUGCCCACAGUGACUACAGUCACCAGCAGGGGAGGGACCCAGUUUGGCUGGCAAAGCUGAAGCCCCUACUGUAUAGCCGACGACCCGAGGCUCAAGCCCUCGCAGCCUUCCACUUUGCCAUGGAGGCGGCAAUCAAAUCAGAGCAAGGAAAGAAUGAUGUGUUCUAUGACAUCGAGGUGGUAGAACCGCUGAGAAAAGUGGCCAGCAGCCCCAAUGCGGUGGCGUCCAGGCUCGCCCGUGAGGCUCUACAGCUCAUAGGCGAGGACAUACCCCACAAGCUCUCACAGCAGGUGCCCAUAUGGACCACUGAGGAUGUAGCACACUGGGUCUCACAGAUUGGAUUCGAUGACUACUCUUCUCGGUUUGAGGAGUGCAAGAUAGAUGGUGACAUGCUGCUGCAGAUGACAGAGUCAGAUCUGGUAGAGAGCAUCAACAUGGUGCCUGGCAUGAUUCGUAAAAGAUUUCAACGGGAGCUAGUCAAUCUGAAGAUCACAGCUGACUACUCCUCAUGUGAUCCUACGAAGAUCGACCCCUGGUUGAUGAGCAUCCUUCCUGAUCUCUCUCAGUACGCUUACACGAUGCUGCGUAGCGGUAUGGAUCGUACGCUGUUGUCGACAACAACGGAGGAGGAGUUGAAGUCAGUGUGUGGCAUCGAUAACGGCAUCCACCGUAGAAUCAUCAUGGGCCAUCUCAGUGGGUUGCCAAUGUUGUUGGAUACUGAUGUGUUGCCUGCUUCGACGAGUCAGAGGCUGCUGUUUGAUCAUCCACCAGAUUUACCAGGUGUGGGGGCACUUGUGACACGGCCAAGCAUUGACUGUGGGGCAAGUUUGUCAGUCUGUCCUCGGAUGGUUGAUGUGUUCAUCAGCUACAGACGCUCUACUGGUUCCCAACUCGCAAGCCUUUUGAAGGUCCACCUGCAGCUUCGAGGUUUCUCUGUAUUCCUUGACAUUGAUCGGCUGAGGGCAGGAAAGUUUGAUGAGAACCUGCUGUUGAAUAUCAAGUUGGCCAAGCACUUCCUGCUUGUACUUACAAGCAACGCCUUGGACCGUUGUGUCAAUGACUUUGACAGAACAGACUGGGUUCACAAGGAGAUAGUGACAGCCUUGAAUAACCAAUGUAAUAUCAUCCCAAUACUGGACAACUGUGAAUGGCCAGAACCAGAGCAGCUUCCGGAGGACAUGAGACAAGUUUGCUACUUCAAUGGCAUCAGGUGGAUCCAUGAUUAUCAAGAUGCUUGCAUAGACAAGCUUCAGAAGUUCAUCAAAGGUGAAAAUUCGACCUGCGAGACUGCAAGACCUUUGACCUCCAUGCAUUCUGUGCAAUCAUCCAAUCAGAUGUCAGAAGUCCACCAAGUGCCCUUUCUUGACAUUGAAUCACUGAGCCUGGUUCCAAAUUAUCAGGUGGCAGAAGACAGGGCAAAGGUUUAAGACUUAAAGAACAAGGGCUAAAGGUCACUUAUAAAAGUUCAAAAGAAUUUUAAAAAAAAGAACUUGUCAAUCAAUUGAGUGUUUUGGGGACACUUCUUUACUUCUCUUUAUGGGCAUGUGUUAUGCCAAAUUGCCAGUGAAGUUGUGAAUUUUUAAAAUUUACCCUGACUUGCCAAAUUAUUGUGUAUUUUUAAUUAAUUUAUUUUCCAAACAUUAAAAUCUCAAUUCUUAACAUGCACGUUCUUCGUAUUUGAUGUUUGUUCUGUAAAUGAAGGCUCAUUGUCUCAAUUAUUGCCUGAAAUAUGCAUACUAAUAUGUAUACUGAAUUAUGUUUACAAGGAAAAUAUAGUUUAAUAUGUUAUUUUGAAUGCAUGAUUAGUCUUGAUUAUUUAUGUUCAUUAGACAUAUCAUUUAUAAUGAUAUUAUUUUAAUGUUUGGAUAACCUCUGUUACUUAUAUUACUACUAUGUCUAUUUUGUUAUUGAUUCAAUAGGUUGUCUUGUGUUUUUAUUGGAAGUAUGUUUAUUGAUAUGGUAUCUUAAUCAAAUAAUUAUGUUAUCAUUCAGACAAUGGAGGAAAUGAUGCAUUUCAAUCAGAUACCUUUUAAUCAAAAUUAUAAACAAUCAGUAUUGUUGGUGACAAAAACGUAGGAUUCAAUGUAAGUUUGUUACAGAAAGAUAAUUGUGUCUUUCUUUAGUGUUUCAUGUUUUUGGUAAAUAAAAAAUGUGUUGUCAAGCUACACUAUUAGUGGGAAGCAUUUAUGGAAAAAUAAAAAUAAAUGUUUUUAUUUAUUAUAGAGCAUUGAACAAGUAUGUGUUUAAUGUGGGCUGUUUGAUAUCUACAAUCUAACAAGUCUUUUUAUAUGCUCUGAAAUAUGAGCUCUUGUUGAGGCCAUGUUUUGCUGAAUUUCAACCGGUCCUUUGAUAUAAUGAAUAUGUUUGCAUUAACUAAAAUGUUUAUGACCUUGAUUACUACCCAUUAUCUUUGGAUUUAAUUGAUUUUAUAUUUAAAAAAAAUCAACUAAAUUAAAUAAUAAAGAACUUUCUUAGUCAGGCACUUAUAUUGUGUCAUGAGACUGACUUGGAAAGUUUUGUUUUUUUAUUGGAUGCAGUAUUAUUUAUCUAAGUUUAGUUAAGUAGUUUGGCAAGUAUUGGGUAAUAGAGAAAAAUAUGCACAUACAUCACAAGUACCUUUGAUGUAUGACUGAGCUAACGUCUUUGUUGAAAUAUGUAAGACAUUUAUUGCUCAAACAUUUUCAGUUUUGACUUGGUGUUAUACAGCUUAACUCCUAUAUCUAUCAAGUACUGUUUAGGAAAUAAGUUAGAUUUGCAGGUAUUUACACCAUUGAUUUGUUAAGAAUCUUAAAUUAUCUUGCACUAUUUCUGGGAAAAUUAGGCAUAAUGCAUAUGAAUAAAUUGUUGUUCAAGAUUAGCCUGUGUUAUCCGAAAGUGUUCUCCCAAACUGAAUGUUUGAUAAGAUGAUACUUCCAUAAAAGCUGAAAGUGUUGUUCCUGAUUAGUCUUUUCUAUUGACAUUGAGCAAUAUUAUUUUAAGCUCACCUGAGCACAACGUGCUCAUGGUGAGCUUUUGUGAUCGCCUUUUGUCAGUCGUCCGUCGUGCGUCGUCAACAUUUUGCCUUGUGAACACUCUAGAGGCCACAUUUAUUGUCCGAUCUUCAUGAAACUUGGUCAGAACAUUUGUCCCAUUGAUACCUCGACUGAGUCAUGCUGGGUCAAAAACUAGGUCACAAGGUCAAAAAAAAGAAAAAACUUGUGAACACUGUAGAAGUCACAUUUGAUGCCAAAUCUUCAUGUCACUUCGUCAAAAUGUUUGUGUAAAUGAUAUGUUGGUUGAGUUCAAAAAUGGCUCCGGUCCGUUGAAAAACAUGGCCGCCAGGGGGCAGGGCAGUAUUCCUUAUAUGGCUAUAGAGAAACCUUGUGAACACUCUAGAAGUCACAAUUUUUUGCCCAAUCAUCAUGAAACUUGGUGGAAACAUAUUGAUAGCUCGAACGAGUUCGAAAAUGGUCCAGAUCGGUGAAAAAACAUGGCCGCCAUAGGGCGGGGCAUUUUUCUCUAUAUGUAUCCUACCGCAACCUAAAUUCGACGAAACCUAACUUCGACGAUGUUCUAUUUGUAUUGAUUAAAUGGAUGAUUAUUGUCUUGGAAUCAUUUCAAAGUAAUACAGCUGAGUUUACAAUUAUUAUUUUGUGCUAUUAAACAUUUCAUUAUUUCUUUCAUUAUUUGCUAAAUAUUGCUUCAUGUAACCGUUACAUCGUCGAAUUUGGGUCACAUUGGGAUAUAUAGUGAAAACAUGUGAACACUCUAGAAGUCACAUUUUUUGUCCAAUCUUCAUGAAAUUUGGUAAGAACAUGUGUUAUCUGUAUAUGACGGUUGAGUUCAAAAAUGGUUACGUUUGCUUGAAAAACAUGGCUGCCAAGGGGCAGGGCAUUUUUCCUAUAGUAAAAUCUUGUUAACACUGUAGAGGCCACAUUUAUUGUCUGAUCUUCAUGAAAUUUGGUCAGAAGAUUCAUCCUAAUAAUAUCUUGCACGUGUUCAAAAAUUAUGCCUGUUGGUUGAAAAACAUGGCUGCCAGGAGGUGGGGCAUUUUUCCUUAUAUGGCUAUAGUAAAACCUUGAUUACACUCUAGAGUCCACAUUUAUUUUCCAAUCUUUAUGAAACUUGCUCAGAAGAGUUUUUCCCAAUGAUAUCUUGGAUGAGUUCAAAAAUGGUAACCUUUGCUUGAAAAACAUGGCUGCCAAGGGGCGUGGCAUUUUGCCUUAUAUGGCUAUAGUAAAAUCUUGUUAACACUCUAGAGGCCACAUUUAUUGUCCAUUCUUCAUGAAACUUGGUUAGAAGAUUCAUCCCAAUAAUAUCUUGGAAGAGUUCGAAAAUGAUGCCGGUUGGUUGAAAAACAUGGCCGCCAGGGGGCGGGCAUUUUUUCUUAUAUGGCUAUAGUAAAACCUUGUUAACACUCUAGAGGCCCCCUUUAUUUUCCCAUCUUCAUGAAACUUGGGUCAGAAGAUUUGUCCCAAUGAUAUUUUGGAUGUGUUGGAAAAUAGUAACCUUUGCUUGAAAAGCAUGGCUUUCAAGGGGCGGGGCAUUUUUCCUUAUAUGGCUAUAUUUGGCUAUAGUAAAAUCUUGUUAACACUCUAGAGGCCACAUUUACUGUCCGAUCUUCAUGAAACUUGGUCAGAAGAUUGAUUCAUAUAAUAUAUUGGAAGAGUUAAAAAAUGAUGCCCUUUGGUUGAAAAACAUGGCCGCCAGGGGGCGGGGCAUUUUUCUUUAUUUGGCUAUAGUAAAACCUUGUUAACACUCUAGAGGCCACAUUUAUUUUCCGAUCUUCAUGAAACUUUGUCAGAAGAUUUGUCCCAAUAAUAUCUUGUUAUCUCAGGUGAGCGACUUUGGGCCUUUCAGGCCCUCUUGUUUACCAAUAAGAUAUUGCACCGACAUAGGUUUUGUCUUAUAAAUUAUACUAAUUAAUGAAAGGCACAGAUAGUUAAUAAAAUAGUGACGGUAACAAUUAUCUGAAUAUUACAUGUGUUAGUGUUACAGUUUACUUCAGUGUAAAACUAAAUUCAGAUUUCAUUACACAGUGUACAUUUAAAAAUCAUCAAUUACUGGUAAUAUCAUUGUUUUCUUUGUUGUAUUGUUUUGUGAUAAUGUAAAACAUGAAAUCCACAUUUAUAUUAAGUUACCCUCAUUAGAUGUUUGAGUACUAGUAUUGUUUUCAUUGAUUUGAAGUUUAUGUAACUUAUUUCUCAACAUUUUACUUUCUAUUUUACAACUAUCGUCGUUAUCAUAAAUAAAGGUAUUAAAUUUUAAUGUAUUUGAUGUAAGAUUUUGUUAAAUUCUGAAUUGCAUAUAUAUUUUGUAUUUUAUUUUCUAGUCUACAAUUCUAUCAGGAUUUUUUAUAAAAUAUCUCUGCAAAGGUAUUGACUUACUUGCAACAUUUUUGUCUUGUGUAGUGUUCUGUCAUUUUGUUACAGUUUAUUUCCAGUAUGUUCCAUUAAGGGAAGGAAGCAUUGGAGACUCUAAAUUCAACAAUAUGCUAUCAGUAACUGCAUAACUUGACUUUAAACCAAUAGGUUUCUAGUACGUUGUAUGUUAACCAACAAGUAUAAUACUAUUUUAGUAGCAAACAAUGUAAUUUUCAGUUAAUUUUGAAUGUCACAAAAUUGUUUGUGAAGAAAUUACCAAUGAAUCAGAUCUUGUAAACUAUUGAGGUUCCAUGUGGGAAAACUGGGCUUAAUACAUGUGCUUAAAGUGUCAUCCUUGAUUAACCUGUGCAGUCGCUCAGUUUAAUCAUGGACGACAAUUUAAGCCUACAUGGGAGUGUCCGACUGUCCGUAUAAAGAGACUUUUUUUAAAUUUAUUAUUCCAUAAAAUGGAAAGUUACAUCCCUGAUUUGUCUGAAUGUACUGCACAGGCAAAGCUGGGACAACACUUUAAGUGUAAAUCUGAACAUGGUAUGAAUAAAACAAUACCUCUCCUAUCCGAUAUCAGGAAAAUGCACUACAACCAAGAACUGUCUGAUGGUUUGAGGUAUUUGUAAGGGUAAUAUUUUUUCAAAUAUAACAUAUUUAUGUUUUUACAAUAAAAUUAUUCUGAAUAUUUUGGAGUCUUUUGACUGCAUCGAAAAUUGUUUGACUUCCAUGUAAACAUGUUAUUAACAAAAUAUUAAACUAACACUAUACAACCAUACAUAAAAGUAGAUAUGUAAUUACCUUUGUUAACUGCAUUAAAUUGUUUUGAAUAUAUCUACCUUUUUAUAAAUGUUAUAUAGCCUUUAUUGAAUCAUACGUAUUAUUAUUCACUCUAUUGUAAAUGUUUGUAUGUUAAAAACCCUGUAAAAUCAUCAUAAAAGUUAACCUCA